AUGGGUUUGGAUAUUGGAGACAACAAGUUAUCAGGGAAAGUUCCAGAAUGGAUUGGAAACAAUCUGCUUAAUCUGGCAAUUCUUAGGCUAAGGAACAACAAAUUCUACGGAGACAUUCCAUCCUCUUUCUGUCAGAUGUCCAAACUUCAAAUAAUGGACCUUGCAAACAACCAGUUGACCGGAAACAUCUCACGUUCCUUUGGCAAUUUUUCGGGAAUGGUCCACAAUAAAACCACUCGCGCAAUUGAAAACUAUGGGCUCAAUGCAUUAAGUGAAGUCUUGAAGGGAGUGGUGCUGGAGUAUAGCGAAAAUACACGAUUCUUGGUCAAUUGUGAUCUUUCAAGUAAUCAACAAGUUGGAGAAAUCCCUUUGGAGCUGACAAACCUCACUGACUUGAUCGGUCCCAAUUUGUCUCAUAAUCAUCUAAGAGGACAAAUCCCAUUGAAGAUUGGAGAUAUGGUCUCUCACGAAUCACUUGAUCUUUCCAACAACUAUUUGUUUGGAACAAUUCCAGAGAGCUUAUCGAAGUUGACCUUUCUGAUUCAUUUGAACUUGUCCAACAAUAAUCUGUCUGGGCGUAUCCCGAUGGGACCUCAACUUCAAACACUCAACGGAAGUUCGGAUUAUGAGGGAAACCCUGGACUAUGUGGGGCACCAUUGGCCCAACAAUGCGAUGUUAAUAAAACAUCGACAAAAGGUAAAAAUAGUGGGGAGCAUGGUGAUGAUGGAAAUUCAGCCGAUAAGUUAUACCUCUAUGAAUUUGUAGUUGGUGGUUUUGCCAUUGGAUGCCACUGGAUUAUGGGGUUACUUUGGAGUUUUGAUCUUAAAAAAGAGUUGGCGGCAUACACUGUUCGGGUGGAUAGAUGCUCUGUUGAGAAAAAUGAUGGGUUGGAGUUAGACUGCUAUAGCUUGAGUUUACAAGGGGACUUUGCAAAUUUGUAUCAUAUUGAAUUGUCCUUUAAGUUGUAUCCUUGUGUUUGA